AUGUCCGACCCCACAGCGAAACUUGCUUGCGACCGUGAAUACCCGUCCUGCACUCGCUGUCGCAAGACCGGCAACUCUGAUUCCUGCUCAUACGACGACUCUCCUGCUCCAUCGCGUAAUAAACAGCAAAGAUCAGACGUGCUGGGGCAGAACAGACCCGUGCUUACUGCUGCCCCGGCCCCAGAGAACGCUGCCUCGUCUGCGUUUUUGGAGAGCUACAGAGACAAUCAUAACAAUAGACCUAUUGUCUCGGACCUAACGGAGCACGCAGGUACUUGGCAGCUGAUAGGUGGUGAUGUCGAUGGAGCUACCACUAUUAAAGAGCGACCGGCCAUUAAAGCCGACGUGACUGAACUCACAUAUCCUCCUGAGCCGAAGCCAACCGAGGCGGUGGUCUUCCGAGGGGAGAACUACAAGACCCAGUAUUAUGGAAGUACAAAUCCGACUAGUUUGAUCGGUCAUUUCCCCGAGCUUCGGUCUUACAUGAAGGAGACGAUCAAACACCAUGCUUCUUUACCCGGUGUCCAAAAAGAACUCAAAGCAUUGGACACGAAAUGGAAAUACGAAAAACCUCAUAACCUGCCAGUCAAAACUGCAGACCUGUUGCUUCUGCUCCCAGACCAGGCAGAGAUGGACGCGGCUAUUCGGUUGUAUUUCGAUACACUCGAGACGAUGUAUAGAAUUUUGCACAGGCCCACUUUUAUGGAGGAGUAUGAACAAUUGCAGCAGGAUCGGACUGCCGCAAAGCCCGGAUUCAUUGUCCUCGUUCUACUGAUCAUGGCUACUGUCAGCUGCACAACCGCAACCGACCGAACAUACGUAGGCAGCAGCAGUAUCGGUCGAGAACGGGGAUCAUUGUGGAUCGAAACCGCGGAAGCAUGGCUUGGAAAGCAAAGCAAGAAAAAUAUCUACUUGGUUAUAUGGCAGAUUCGCUGUCUACUGGUGCUGGCAAAACAGAUGUGCCGCUACAAGAAGAAGCGCAUGUGGUCGGUGGCAGGCGACUUGGUGAGAGAGGGAAUGGCAGCUGGCUUUCAUCGCGACCCGAGUCGUCUGGGAGGCAAGAUAUCCUUUUUCGACCAGGAGAUCCGCCGACGACUGUGGGCAACAAUGGCAGAGUUGGAGUUACAGGCCUCUGUUGAACGCGGAAUGCCGUCGGCACUAGCUGCAAUCCGAAUGGAUUGUGCCCCUCCAGUUGACAUCGAUGAUGAAGAUCUCAGACCCGAAUGCGAUUCUACCCAGAUACAGGAAUCACCUAGUCACAAUACCUCGACUUCCUUCCUGCACCUAUGUAGGCACAGCCUCGACCUGCGCGUGUCAUUGAAUUCUCGGAUGAAUGACCUAACCUCGGAUCUGCCAUAUGAGGAUAUCCUCAGAUAUGAAGACAUGAUCAUGAGUGAACUUCGGAAGCUCCCCUCGCCAACCGAAAGCAACGAGGAUACUACUGACAGAAAGCUAUCUCAGAUGGCAAGGGUAGUCCUUGAUCUGCAACUCCGGCAAUUCUUGGUCUUGCUACAUGCCCCCUUCGCCAGGAAGACAGAGAUCAACUCACGAUAUGCAGUGUCAAGGAUGGUUUGUUUUAACGCAGCUGCCAGCUUGAUUGACCAGCAUUGGAGGCUGGUACAGUCUGGAAAUCCCAUGUUAUUGCUGUUGAGACAUGACUACUUCCGCGGAGCAUUAAGCCUUACUCACUACGCAUAUGUAUCUUCAGGUAUUCAAGCAUUCCGUUGGUUAAUUAAUAUGUCAGCCGAUCUAUGUUUUCCAGUCGACCACAACGCAUUAUUGCAGUAUAUCCAAAACGCUCUCACCAUGCUGGAGGACAGCAUCACCUAUCUCGGAACCGGAUUCACAUACCAUUGGUACAUUUCUGCUGCGAUAUCCUUUCUCCGAUCACAGUCGCAACCGGCGAAGCCCAGCGCACUCAAGCAGGAAGCGAUUAACCAAGUCGUGAGACAGUAUUACCGAGUUCUUGCGUCCCAAGAGCAAUUUCCUCGUGCGAAGGAGAGGAUCUAUUCAUCACGAUUCAGACAGGGAAACCCAUCGGAAGCUGAGCGACACUUCGAUGUGUUAGACCCAGGGGAGAUGUCCUUAGAUGAUGUGGGAUUCCCUCAGUUCGAUCCGACGGUUCCCUCAAUGGAUCAGUAUUUCUUUGGUGACCCUGCGGCUUGGACAUUUGAUAAUCUCUGGGAGGUUGCAUAG